GAAUGCAUCACAAGGACAGUCCGGUGUUUGAUCAGGGGCGGGUCUAAGUGUUCAAUGAACUCACCUGCUUAACCUGACCCUAUAAAAAAAAGUGUCAGAGCUGGACUUGAAGCAGAGCAGACGAAGCACCGCAGAGUAGACACUGAGACAGACAGCUGACUUAAAAUGGCAUCAAUUCGGCGACAAUUCCCCUACACACCCAAAGCUCCUGUCAGACAGGGGAUAUACAGCCAGUCGGUGGUUGUGGACAGAACGAUGUACAUUUCAGGUCAGCUGGGAAUGGACGUGGCCUCUGGUCAGCUGGUCGAUGGAGGGGUGCAGGCUCAGGCCAAACAGGCUCUCAUCAAUAUGGGCGAGAUCCUCAAAGCUGCAGGCUGUGACUACACCAAUGUGGUGAAGACAACUGUGCUGCUCGCCAAUAUCAACGACUUCAACAGUGUCAAUGAAGUCUACAAAACAUUCUUCAGCAGUAACUUCCCUGCCAGAGCUGCCUACCAGGUCGCUGCUCUCCCCAGAGGCGGGCUGGUGGAAAUUGAGGCGAUUGCUGUUGUCGGCCCUCUCUCAGACUCCUGACUAGACCGCCCCAUCACAAACAAGCUGUAGUCGAACCAUCUAGUGACUUUUUGUAGCUGUACAGUGGAAGCUUUCAUGUAUUUCCAGAUGACAAACUAUCUUAUUGACUUUCUUUUUCCAUAUUCCCAAAAUUUAGCAUAAAUUUGUUUCUCAUCUGGACACUGCUACUGUGUACUUAAUUUUACUACUGAACUAUUUUCAGUAUUAUACAACUCUAGAUUUCAACCCUUAACGAUAGAGCAGCAACAUAAACAAGACGUGGAAAUGAGAUUGUAUCGGCGCAACCAGUCUAACAUUCCCUGGUCACGGUGGUCAGAAUAAAUGUCCUCUCUCUCUGCUG